AUGUCUGUUCAUAGGUUCCUGCUAUGGCUAACGCCGAGCUUUGCCUCGAAGUCCGCAUCGGUGAAGUCAUCGACGUCGAACCUGCCCGACAAGAUAUCCGCGCUCGACGGCCUUCGAGGCAUUGCAUGUCUCAUCGUCUUACAUGAGCACUGGACGUGUGCAGUGGAUGAUCCCUGGCGACCAUACGCUAUGCCCGAGCUCGCCACUGGCUUCAUGUGGAAACCUUUUGUUAUGCUAUUAUGGGGUGGAGAGGCUAUGGUCAACUUGUUCUUUGUCAUGUCAGGCUACGUGCUUUCCUGCAAACCGCUGGGGUUGCUGUACUCAUCCAGCCCUCAAGCGAUGUACGAAUGCAUUGCGUCGUCGAUUUUCCGCAGGACAUUCCGCCUUAUGCUUCCCACACUGGCGGUGGUGGUGAUUAUAGCAACCUUGACGCAGAUGCGGGCUUUCGAACCUGCAAGGUACGUAUGCAACGACAUCAAUGCGGCACAGAUCGAGGCGUUUGACGCAAGGAACAACGUGACUCAAAUGAUCGAGGAUGGCAUCCUGGAAGGGAGCCCACAGCCUCGUCUAAUGCGCGAGGAACCUCCACCAUUGGCAGACACAUUUUUGGCACAGGCUUCGGACGUCCUUACUGAAUUCUACAUGCUUGCUCGAGGUUCAGUGCCUGGAGAGCCGAGUCAGCAUGACUACUUUGUCUACGACGCGCACGUGUGGACGAUUCCCGUCGAACUGAAGUCGAGCAUGGCCAUCUUCAUGCUCAUAGUGGGAACAUCGAUGCUUUCCAGUGGAUGGCGGCUUUUUUUCCACACGGUCAUUGCACUGUUCUGUGCAUCGCAGGAAUAUCGCAGCAUCUGUCUCUUUGUUGGCGGCAUGAUUAUCGCGGAACUUGAUUUGGUUCGAAAGCAUUUUGGACGUGUGGCACGGUCACAGGGACGUGGCCCCAUCCUCGGAAGGCAGUCACUCUCGCCAUCGUCGUCGCCCUACAAGAGUCUAGAAUGGCUUCAGCAACCGGAUGUCCGGUCGGCUGCAUGGGGCCUCUGUUUUGUUGUCGGCUUAUACAUCCUCUCCAUCCCCCUUGUCGAGCCAGUCACGACUCCAUCAUAUGUGUUCCUGGCUCGUCUCCUCCCAACUUACAUUGUCGAAAAGAACAGGCUGAUCCGACUUCUCGGGGCGGUUAUAACGACAUGGGCGUGCAUCAACUCGGACAUUGUCUCACCCAUCUUCAACAACGAAAUCGCACAAUAUCUGGGGCGAAUUUCUUUUGCCCUCUAUCUCACGCACGGGAUGUUGAUCAGGUCGCUGGGGUAUGUGGUCAUUGGGAGACUGCGGUCUCUCACAGGGGCAUACGUCCGCGAGGACACGUCUCUUGCUCAAUUUAUGUUUAUCUGGGUGUUUGGCUAUAUCAUGAUGCUGCCGUUCUUCCUGUGCGUUGCGGAUCUGUUCUGGAGGACCAUCGAUGUGCCCUCGGUCAAACUGGCCCGGGACAUUGAACGGCGUUUGAGACGGCAGCACCAGGAGGAGGAUCGGUGGCCGCGGAACAAGGCUCCGUGA